GCGCACCCAUUCGAGCUAGAGGUCAUCAGUUCAGGGUACUCCGGACGAUCCGCCAUCGAGCGUUACAUUCAAGUCAUCUCGCAAUGUCCGUCGCUGGCCGUGCUGGCUUUUCAAGCAGCGCUCCAGCUCGUGUUGCAGAUGAGCGAUACCAAUCUGUACCGUGCGCUGCUUUCGGCGUACGAACAGACUGCGGCUACUUCCAACGGGGAGCUACCAGCUUUAUCUGACAUCCAUGCGCUCAACCAGGAGUGGAUCGAUGAGACCACGCAAAGGAACCAGGCGCAGCGUAAUAAGCUCGAGACAGAGCUGAAGACGUACACGAGUAACAUGAUCAAAGAGAGCAUUCGGAUGGCCUACCGCGAUCUGGGCGACUUCCAUCGCAACAGCGGGGACCAGACAGCUGCGCUGAAGCAUUACACAAAGUCGCGUGAGUUCUGCACGACCAGCCAGCAUGUUCUUGAGAUGUGCCUUUCUGUCCUAGAGCUCCUCAUCGAGCAUCGCAACUAUGCACACAUGUCUACCUACGUAUUCAAAGCCGACGCCGCACUGGACGCAACAUCCAGCGCGCGCGCCCCAGGUCCAGGCCCGACUGCCCCCGCUUCAGCAGCCGCCACAGGUAGGGACAAAGCGGCGGCAGAGAGGGAGAGGGUGCAGAGCAAGCUCGACGUUAGUAUCGCGCUGUCCUACCUGGGGCAAGGGAACUUCGAGAAGGCAUCGCAGGCCUUCCUCAAAGUGGGCCCCGUGAAGUCUCUCGGCGACUGGGCUGGCAGGCUGAUAGCGCCAGGCGACAUCGCGAUCUACACGACGCUCUGUGCGCUGUCGACGUUCAGCCGACAGCAGAUUCGUACGCAGAUCCUGGACAACGACAACUUCGGCGUCUACAUCGAGCAGGAGCCAUACGUGCGCGAGCUGCUAGAGUCGUACAUGGGCAACCGUUUCAAGCUGAUGCUCGAGAUCCUCGACCGCCACUCCACUCGCCACACACUGGACCUGCACCUGUCGAGCCACAUGGCGAACCUGACGAACCAAAUCCGCAGCCGUGCGCUCGUACAGUACUUCCAGCCGUUCGCGUCGAUAAAACUCGAACGGAUGAGCACUGCAUUCGGGUGGACCAUCGAGGAGCUCGAGCGGCAGGUCGUCCUGCUCAUCCAGGCGGGCGAGAUCCAGGCGCGCGUCGACAGGCAGAACAAGAUCCUCAAGGCAAAGGAGACGGACCAGCGCAGCGCGCUGUUCGCUCGCGCGAUCAAGUCCGGCGAGUUUAUGCAGGUCGCGAACCGCAAGCUGCUGCUCCGCAUGCGGCUGCAACAAGCAGACCUCAUCGUGAAGGCGCCGCGCGGUCAGCUCACUGGGCAUGCCAGCGAAUUCAUGCUCCCCGACAUUUACGGCUAG